UGGAAUUUCAAGCAGCAAGAAGAAGGCUGAAAUCAAAGACACCAAAAAUGUCGAUGAUAGCUGCAGCGAGCCGAGUCGUUACUGCGAGGAGGAGUGGAUCGAUGAGGGAGUCAGGUCGAGGAGCGAUUCGGUACUUCUCCGACAGCAAGGGUCGAGUCCUGAGCGAAGAAGAGCGUGCUAAGGAGGCCGUCUAUAUUCAGAAAAUGGAGAGAGAGAGGCUUGAGAAGCAGAAGAAGCAAGCUGAGAAAGAAAAGCUGCAGAAAGAGAAAGAGGGUGCUGAGAAGAGCACUGAAGGGACCCAUAAGGGUUGAACAUGAUCUGGCUUCUUUCCUACAUUAUGAUAACCAGUUCUCGAGAUAAAUGAUGAGGAUGGCAAAAAGAAAAAAGAGAGAGAAGUGAUGAGAAAUAAAUGCUGAGACUUGUGACUUUAGUGUUAAGGAGACUUAAUUCUUGUAAAUAGUUGUGGCUGCUCACGACAGUUGAGACAGUCUUGUUGUGUGUGUGGUUCUUAAUAAUACAUUAAAACCAGUGUUUUCUGACCUUGAAAUGUUUCUAAUCUUCAUUUGAUUGGUUCUAUAAUUCUAUCGCUGUAAGCUCAUUUUUA